UUUAUCAUUGAUUUUUAUUCAUGUUACCCAUCGUUAUUAAAUUAUUGUCUCUAUUAUUACAAGGAAGCAAACUGGAGUUGAGUCAUUGAUUGACCCAUUCCAUCCCCUCAUAUACCCCACUAUUUCUCCUCCCCCACUCGCUUCCACUUACAACCCUCCUCCACUCCCACUAGAAAAAGAGGGGAAGCUGAAACGGGGAGGCACCACCUUGAUUCCUUUCUUGCUUCCUUUGCAAUGGCAGCCGAGUGGGAGAUUGGAACGGGAAUGGAUUUUGGAAUGGGGAUGGGAACGGGAGCUUCUUUUGCUGCUGCGUCGGCUGCUGCACCGCUUACUGGUAGUGCUUCUCCGGCCUACCUCUACGGACUUCCCUCCGCAGACACCCUCCGCAUCGACGAUCUCCUCGAUUUUUCCAACCAUGACCACUUCCCCUCCGCGGAAGCCCACCUCCUUCCCCCGCCGGAGCCCUCCUCCGCAGUCACCGCCACCACCCGCCCUUUCUCCGGCGACACCGACUCCUCCUCCGAUUUCCAGCCUUACCACUACCCUUCCUCCUUCCCGGACGACCUCUACAUUCCCAGCGAGGAGGCCGCGGAGCUGGAAUGGCUGUCCAAGUUCGUGGAGGAAUCCUUCUCCAACAUCCCCUACCCACCCGCCGCCGCCGGCGUCGCCGCCCCAGCCGGCGAUGCGAACCUCCGGGCGGAGCCCUCCGUCCCUGGGAGGGGCGCCAGGAGCAAGCGCUCCCGGGCCCCCACGGGCUCCGCCGCCGCCGCCUGGUCCUCCCUCCAACCGCAUUCUCAAUCCUCGCCAUCGUCGUCGUCAUCGUCGUCCGAUUUCCCGCCGUCGAAGCCGAAGGCGAGCGCCGGCGAUAAUAACAACAACUGGAGGGGAAAGAAGGGUGGGGGGGAGAUCGUGGAGGGCGGGGUUCGGCGGUGCACGCACUGCGCGUCGGAGAAGACGCCGCAGUGGCGGACGGGGCCACUGGGGCCGAAGACGCUGUGCAACGCGUGCGGGGUACGGUACAAGUCGGGCCGCCUGGUGCCGGAGUACCGGCCGGCUGCCAGCCCCACCUUCGUCCUCACCCAACACUCCAACUCCCACCGCAAGGUCAUGGAGCUCCGCCGCCAGAAGGAGCUCCUCCUCCUUCACCACGAAAACCCCUCCUCCGCCGCAGCGGCCGCGGCCGCCGCUGCCGCCUCGUCCCCGCGACCUGAGCUCCUCUUCCACGACUACGGCGUCUGCUAAUCCCAUCCGCCGCCGCCUCUACUUCUUCCAUUCCAUCGGGAAUUAACUUUUCCCCUAUUCUCCUGUUUCUAAAAAUUCUUGAAUUUCGGCUCCCCAUAUCGGACGGUUGAGAUUUAUCGAGUUCUUUUUGUAUUUUUUUUUUUUUUUU